UUACAGCGAGGACGACCUGACUGAGGGAGCCACCUGUGAGCCCCGACAUGGACAGCAGGGCGUGGGCUGCCUACAUCCUCUGCUUGCUGAGUCCAUUACCAAUUGUAUUGGGCCACGUGCACCCAGAGUGCGACUUCAUCACCCAGUUGAGAAAGGAUGAGAGGUUGUGUCUACAAGCAGCAGAAGCGGUGCCCAACACCACUCUGGGCUGCCCUAGGACCUGGGAUGGACUGCUGUGCUGGCCAAUGGUAGGCUCUGGCGAGUGGGUGACUCUCCCCUGCCCAGAUUUCUUCUCUCACUUCAGCUCAGAGCCAGGGGCUGUGAAGCGGGAUUGCACUAUCACUGGCUGGUCUGAGCCCUUUCCACCUUACCCUGUGGCCUGCCCUGUGCCCCUAGAGCUGCUGACCGAGGAGAAAUCCUACUUCUCCGCAGUGAAGAUCAUCUAUACCCUGGGCCAUAGCAUCUCGGCCGUGACCCUCUUCGUGGCCAUCGCCAUCCUGCUGGCUCUCAGGAGGCUCCACUGUCCCAGGAACUACAUUCACACCCAGCUGUUUGCCACUUUUAUCCUCAAGGCGGGAGCAGUGUUCCUGAAGGACGCCACCCUGUUCCACAGCGAGAACACGGAUCACUGCAGCUUCUCCACUGUUCUGUGCAAGGUGUCCGUGGCCACCGCCCAUUUUGCCACCAUGACCAACUUCAGCUGGCUGUUGGUGGAAGCUGUGUACCUGACCUGCCUCCUAGCCUCCAAGUCGCCCAGCACAAGGAGGGCCUUCUGGUGGCUGGUUCUUGCUGGCUGGGGGCUCCCCCUGCUCUUCACUGGCAUGUGGGUGUGUUGCAAGGUGGCCUUUGAGGAUGUUGCGUGCUGGGACCUGGAUGACAGCUCUCCUUACUGGUGGAUCAUCAAGGGACCCAUCGUCCUCUCUGUUGGGGUGAACUUUGGGCUUUUCCUCAAUAUUAUCCGCAUCCUGCUGAGGAAACUGGAGCCAGCUCAGGGCAGCCUCCACCCCCAGUCUCAGUACCGGCGUCUCUCUAAGUCAACACUUCUCCUCAUCCCGCUGUUUGGAAUUCACUAUGUCAUCUUCAACUUUCUGCCCGACAGUGCCGGCCUGGGCAUCCGCCUCCCCCUGGAAUUAGGACUGGGCUCUUUCCAGGGCUUCAUCGUUGCCAUCUUGUAUUGCUUCCUCAACCAAGAGGUGAGGACUGAGAUCUCACGGAGGUGGCAUGGCCAUGAUCCUGAGCUGCUGCCAGCCCGGAGGGCCUUCACCAAGUGGACGAUGCCUUCCCGCUCUGGGGUGAAGGUGUUGACAUCUGUAUGCUAGGCUGGCCACAUCACAUGACUGGGGUCCACACCUGAACUCGGGCAGCUACAAUAGCCCCCCUCCCCCCUCUGUAGAAGCAAGAGACCAGUGCCCCCGAGAGCCCUUGGGCCAUGUCCCCACACCAGCUGCGCCCUGGGCAGGGGUAACCCUCUUACCUUGUCCUACACCUGACCCUAGGUCUCUGUGUUUCUACCUCUGACCUCCUUGGUUCCUCCGUCUCCAUUCUCCUCCAAUUCCUUCCGCUAGAGUCUGGGCCAUAACCCAAGG